CUGAACUGUGCUCAUCAGCUGACAUUCGUGAUCAGCGAGCGGCAGCUCUGAAUCUGGAUCCUCAAGGAGCCCUGAAGUAGACGGACUGACCUACAUCCUGAUUAAGACACUGAGGGAAGCAGGGCACGUCCUGACAGGCAUCACAUCGCUGAAGAUUGAGAAAGACAGUGAUAAACCCAAAGUCACCUACAGCGAGACUCAAGAGGCUGCUCUGAACGGUUGGCCUAGACACCUGGAAGACUCUUCGCCCAAAACACAAACUUGCUUCUUUUUUUUACCCUUCGUGUUCCAAACACUACUUCAAUGUCUGAGGUUUUCGUGGAGUUCCACCUCUUUUUGAUCUUCUUGGCUAACUUGGACACUUGAGCAUUUUGAUUUUGAAAUAAAAGGAAAUCAAUGAGGCUAUCCCUCCGAGGAGCACAAAUACCUCACCCAGAAGUUUUUGCUGAUCCUGCGACAUAGGUCAAACCUCUUAGUAAGAAAGCGGAAGGGUCGUAUAGUAUCACAUCUUUUUCCCUUCCCCCCUUUUGCCCUCUGCUAGAGUCAUACUCUGGCCCCCAUCCGGGAAAAAAUGGAAAGUCUUAGUCUACACCUUCCAUCCACCAGCAACAAAAAUACCAUGGAGGUCGACAACUUUUCUCCCUACAGCGGGUCGCUGCCCUCCCCUCUUCCUGAAGGAGGGGAGCGGAGCGGCCGCCAGACGAAAGGUUCCAAGCCCACCGUCACCUCCCGUCGCAAGCGAGAGUUCAUUUCUGAUGAGAAGAAAGAUGCUUCCUACUGGGAAAAGCGGAGGAAGAACAACGAAGCGGCCAAGCGCUCCCGGGAAAAGCGUCGCCUCAAUGACAUGGUGUUGGAGAACCGGGUCAUGGCACUGAAUGAGGAGAACGUACGUCUGAAGACGGAGCUCCUUCAGCUGAAGUUACGCUUCGGUCUCAUCAGCACGGCCUCCUACAUGGAGAAAAGUCAGCAGAUCUCCAACAGUGUGACUGAUGCCAACGGUGGUAGCAACGGGAGCAGCAACGGCACCCCGAACAGUAAUGCCUACCUCUCCAGCAGCGGCUACUCCAGCGCCUCCCAAGUGAUGCUGAAUUCAGACUCUUCUGAGACGGAACAGUCGAGUCGUAGCGAACGACACACUACGCUCCACAAGUACUCUCCACGGGGGUCCGUGUCUGACAUGUCUGAUGGUUCCUCCAGAGACAGCCCCGAACCCAUGGGCUACAACAUAAAGAAGGAGCCCUCAAGCAUGGAGAUGGCGGGACUGGAAAGCAGCAGGAUCCCCAAUGGGAUCACUAAUGGGAUUACCAAUGGACUGCCAAGUGGGGCUUACCAUGGCAACCACGCCGCUCUGGUUUCUCCUCACCAGCAAAGCACCCAAAUGACUGAUAAUCCUAUGGACUACCAGCACCACCAACAACAACAGCAGGCCCACAUGGAGGCCUCCAGUCCUGCCCCUCAGGCCACCUCUGCACAGAGGAGCGUGAUCUUGUACCGUUCCAGCAGCGGCUGUUACCCCAUGGAGAGCCAGAGGCUGGAGGAGCAGCAGUCCCAGCAGAGCAGAGCGCCUCAGCACAGCCAGCACAGCUUGAACUCCAAGUUUUCCGAUUGCUCCGUAACGAUCACAGAGGUCGCCGAGAAACUGGAGAGGACGAGGACCGUGGAUUCGCCACAGUAUGAGUACAGCAACGGUCAUGCCGAGUCAGCAGAGGAGCUGCAGCAGAGGUAUAACCACAACAUCCAACAACAGCUUGACAGCCAGCAUCGCUGCAGGUACCAGGGUCAGGGCGGUCUUCAGCACACCGAAAGCCACCAGAACCCCUUCGCCCCUGAUCUGGUCCACAGCGAGGAGGGCAAGUCCUCGUUCAUGCAGCACAACGGCUACCUCAACACACUGGAUGAAGAGCCCCCAGUGCUCACCUAUGAGGGAGGCCCCCGAUCUGACGGCUACUACCAGGAGAACUCCUCCAAUAAAGACACCUCCUCCAGCGACGGAGACCCGCGUAGCUCGGACAAGGAGGGCUCCACCGACGACGAGUCCCCCUCUUCGUCCUCCUCAGACAUCAGCAACUACCACCAGAAAACAGAGGGGGCCGGCGGUUUGCACGGCGAGAGCCAAGCCGAGGUCAAAGCCACUGCUCUGCCCCACAAGCUCCGCCUCAAAUACAGAGCCCUGUCCAGUGCGCCUCCGGCGGAGGGGCCGGUCGCCACGUCCAUGUCCCCGUCUCCCACCCUGCCCCAGCACCCGUACCUAGCUCUGCCCAGCAACCCCCACAACAACCAGGCCAGCGGGGACAGCAAGGAGGCGGAGAACGAGACUGAGUACACAGAGGAGGUGAAGCCCGCUGCCAGCGAGCGGGCGGAGGCCAAGAGCGAGGGAGGGAAGAAGGGAUCCGGCGGCGGGAGGGGCGGGCGCAGUAAGAGGCGAGAGUGAGGAGCAGCGGCUCCUGUCGCCUCUUUGUUGUCUGCAGACGACCGUGACUCACAUUGGCACCUUGCAAGACAGAAAAGAAGCC